ACCCCCACACACACGAGAACUGCGCACCAAAAUGGGCCAACGACACCAGCUCUUCGUAAUUGCGAAGAUCCAAGGCCGCUACCGCAGCCUAGCUGCCGUGCAUCACCAAUGGCUCUAUGGCCUGUCCGCGCUGAAGUCAUGCGAUCGUCUCAUCAAGAUCUUCUCAGAUCCUGGAAAUCGUCAUGUUCUCCGUCUUGAGCUCGCGCGCGCCUCAACGCUUCCGGCUGAGGUGUGGAAGAAGAAGCUUGAAUGGAACAACUGCAUACCAGAGUUCCCCUUCGUGACAACGUGCCUCACGAUUGGUGCUGGCGUCGACUCCGACACCGGAGACACCAGUCUCGUCAUUCCUGAACGAUGGAACAUGGGCUUCGACGAGGGCGACAAUAACGAUGGCAUUACUGUUCUCGACAUUACCAAUCCGGAGGGUGUCCGCUACUGCUUUGUGCAAUGGUUAUGCGGAGGCCGCGACUCCAUGGUGCCAUUGACCGGAGAGGACUAUCUGACAACAUAUUACGAGCCGGCCGACCACACAGCGGAGAUGAAAGGAGUAAUGCAACGCUUGGAGAAGCUUCCGCUUAUCGGUUCUGGAGAUCUGCAAGACGCGUGGCCUGAUGGAAGCUGGAAAACUCGCGAACAAAAUGGCCUUUCUCCGGUCGACAGCGACCCGUGCGCAUCUGAUACGUCGCCACAGACAUCCGCCGCCGGAACUGGAUCGCUAACUCGACUAGCCAUGGAAAGAACCAUUGAGACGCUCUUGACCGAAGAAGAUGACCUGCUGGAGGAAGUGGAGCAACUGCCCCUCUUCCUUCCGAGUCUUCGAAGCUACCUUAGCCGCCACCCAGGGGUUGUCAGCAGCAGUCCCUUUGGCUUUGAUAUGCUCACAAGAGCUCUCCAGGGCCUUCACGAACUCGAUUUACAUCUCUACCCAGACUUGAGCGGAGAACAGGUCCUCGCACUUGUGGCGAAUGCGGCGAGCGAGAUCACGAUGCUUGACCUAUCGGGCAACCACAAUCUCAGCCCGGAGCACAUCUCUCGCCUUCACCACCAUAACAAAAUCCUUAAACUGUGCGUCUGGGACAACGACGGAAUCCCGUUGGCCGACCUAAAAGCCCUCGUAGCCCAGGGCACCGUGCGCGAGCUGCUCCACCGAGACCUGUUCCUCCAGCCAUUCCACGAGUACGAAAAGCGCGCCUCCCGCAGGGCCAAAGCUCACGAGGUUACCAAUAAAACAGUCAGCGAUUUCCCUGGUUCAUGCGCUUCGCAGCUCAUCUGGGCCUGGGCCAAGGGCGCCCAGCAUGAAGAUGCCUCCUGCGAGACCAAUCCAUUCAGUCCUGAAAGCAGGCUUUACAAGGAAAUCCAAUCAAUGACUCCAGGAAUGCAACUUGGGGACCCGUUCGAACCCCUUCCACUCAUGGUCCUUCCUAUUGGAGACGCCCCGUUGACACCAGAGUCCCUCCUCACCGUUACCGGUAGACUGAUCAAAGCGCUACCCCUUCUAAACCCGUCCCCAUUUAGCAGAAGCACAACUGGACUUUUCUUCGCCUCUGCCAUGGCGCUCAGCGAUAGUACGUCACCCUACACCGUCCACCCUCUUCCACCAAAGCUGUACGCCAAUGCUCGCGCUGCUUAUCAAUCAACCGGCGUGCACCUCGGAGACUCGACAAUCUCUGUUGCGCCAGGGAAGUGGAGCGUUCUCUUCAUUCAAGUGCUGAAGCAAGGCUUCUCCACUGUCGGAAUGCGCACGGCGUUUCUCUCUGCAAACGAUAAGGGAGAGCUUCGAGUGUGCGAUUCUGCCACAUUCAUGGCCGAGACUGGUUCCACGCAUCUUAGCUCCAAUUGGAAGGAUGUCUCGGACAGCGUCAACGUUACCGAUUGCGACGAAGAGACGGCGAAGGACUUCAUCAGAUUGGUGGAUCUGGUAAACGGAAAAGCCAGCACAAACUGAGUGCGUCGCAGUGAGGAGGAUGAGCUGCAAUGGCAAUCCAGAAGACGGACUCACUGUCUCCAACGGGUUUUAUGUAACUAGAGCAAGCAACAUUACUCUAGAGUGCUACUGGAAAAUGAACAAGCUUAGCGUGGCCCUAUAGCAGACCCAUGUAUAACUCCCUGCUUGAUCUAGACUAUUCUGAGUCAUAUUCGACAUCCUCAUUCUCCUCAUCCCGCUCACAGUCACUCCGCUCCCGCACCCACUGCAGCUUAUCCACUCCUCGACCUCCCGAUCUCCCAUCCGCCCACUACCAAGCACCUUAUUCGUCAUCUCCCCAAUAGCCGUAAAGUCCCUCUUAUACAUAGCCCUCGAGAAGGCCCUCAGCUCCUCCUGGUCAAGGUUCACAGCGAGCCAGCUGGG